CCGUCUCGAAGCCCCGUCGCUUCUCGCACGCGAGCGUCGCUGUGGAAUUUGCUGGCCUUGCUGUAGAAUUCGCCACUUCGCGGUGAAGCUGGCCCUUCUGUCGUGAUGUGUGAUUGAUUGUAGGCCUCGGCCGCGUGCAUUGCUAGCAAGGUAACUGCUGUGUCGCAAUUCUCCUCAGUCAUUAAAUCGAUUCACUCGAAGUCACCUCCUAAUUCGUCGAAGACAAGGUGUAUUGACCCCAGACGGGCUUGUUACCCAGGAGUUCGUCCCCUCGCACCCAGUGCUAGAGAGGAUGCAGAGCUUCAUGUGAAAACUGAUGCAUUCCCUCGAAUCGGUAGGCUUUCCGCUGCGGAUGAGCUCUCGCAGUCCAAGACUGGGAACCGCGAAGUGACAGCGGAUUUGAGUCUAUGGCAGAAGAGCGGAGGUCGAGUGUUUGCGCUGCUGUUGGCGACAUUACAAGCGGUAGCGCCGAUCCCCAUCGAUGGGCUUGUGGGAGAAUGGGGCGCCGGUCCAGCGGAGGCAGUGCUGUACUCUCCGGAUACCAAAGUUCCUCGCUCAGCGGAAGUGGCUUUGCGGAGGGCAAUUCCAGCUGUCAAUGUUUCUAUGAAACAAAUCCAGGAAUCUUUGGAGGACAUCUUUUAUCUGCUCCGCAUCCCCCAGCGGAAACCUUACGGUACCAUGGAGAGUGACGUGAAGAAGGCGCUCAAAUUAGCUGAAGACGAUAAGGAUGCAAUUUUAGCUGCACUGCCAGCUGACCAGAAGGAGAAAGGCACGCAGCUUUACAAUGACUUGAUGACUGCAAAGGGCGGUUUUCCUGGCCUUCUAGAUGCUAUUGCUGCGAAAGACGCAGACAAAGUCUCCAUCCGCCUUGCCUCGUCGCUCGACACCAUCGCUCAACUGGAGGUGAUGCAAGCUACGGGGUUGGCGUUCCUACUCCCUAAAGAGUUUCAGGAUUUCCCUCACCUCACAGGACGGGCAGUCGCCGAGCUGACUCUAGAGAAAGGUGAUGGGUCUACGUUCGUUGUGGCCGCAGGUGGCGGUCCUCAGCCAGUUGGAGUUCUCGAAAUUGUUCUGGAUGGUUACUCUGCUCCUUUGACGGCAGGCAACUUUGCCGAUAUGAUCCAGAGAGGUGCUUACAACGGGAUUAAAUUGAGAAACACAGAGCAGGCAGUACUGUCCGACACGGAGAAUCUCAACGGAGCAGGGCGAGAGCUACCUAUCGAGAUCCUGCCCUCCGGGGAGUUUCAACCUCUAUACAGGACAACCCUCAACGUGCAGGACGGCGAGUUGCCAGUGUUGCCACUAUCUGUUUAUGGCGCCGUGGCCAUGGCGCACAACAAGACGUCCGAAGAUUUCUCCUCCCCUUCACAGUUUUUCUUCUACUUGUAUGACAGGCGCAACUCUGGACUAGGUGGCCUGUCGUUCGAAGAGGGCCAGUUCUCUGUAUUUGGGUAUGUCACCAAAGGUAGGGAGCUGCUCUCUCAACUGAAAACGGGAGAUGUUAUAAAAGAGGCAAAGUUAGUGUCUGGGGCCGAUCGCGUUGUUCAAUGACAACCGCAAUAGGUUAAAUCUCACAGCUGAGAAUGUGUGUAUUCUAGAAAGAGCCUGAAGUUGCACAACUGAUUGUGCUGGUUUGUUCCAUGGCUUUGCUUGUUCUGUUUGUUUGUUUUUGCUGUUUUCUCUGCCCUUUCAACCGGCACGGUGUCAAUCUCACUGCCUGUUGAGUUCAAA